AUGGCUGGGCAGCCACAAGUCGUGCUGCGUGUGCAUGGCGGACAUGGAGGAGAUGGCGAGGGCAACGAAGAAACCUUCCCGUCGGCACCGCCGUCGUUCACGGGCGCGACCAGCGACGAUAUUGGAGAGAUCGGAGAGCCUGAGGUCGGAGUCCGGGUACAGCUCCGACCAGGCCCGCUCCACGCUGUCCUCGAUGUCGGCUCCAGCCGCCUUGGCGGACAGGCUGCCGGCCGACAGCGGCCGACCGCAGGCCAGCGGCGAACCGCCACCGCUACCGCUGCCCUGCACGCUCCAGCCCAGGAUCGGUGGUACUAG